GACAACAUAUGUAAAUAAAUAAAAAAAAGUAAAAAUUACACCCAGAAAUUAGAAACACUUUAGAAAAGUGCUAUUUUCUACCAUUUUUACAACAGUAACGAGUUUCGUUGUCGUUUAGCUUUUAAACAAAAUCAUUGAAAUGCCACUGUACGAAACCAUGCUGCAAGAAAAACCGGCCAUAGUGCUGGAAAUUGGUACCGCUUUGACCAAAUUGGGCUUCGCCGGAGAACCAUACCCGCGCAGCAUCAUCCCAUCGGAGGUGCUGGACCAUCAGGCAAAGAAUGCCGGCCUGACGGCACCGAACCGGCGGCUCUUCGACUACACCAACGAGGUCGAGCUGUACGACUGGUUGGUCGAGUUUCUCAAGACGAUCUUCUUCAAGUACGUGCUCGUUAGCCCCAAAGACCGCAAGGUGGUGAUAGUGGAAUCCGUGCUCUGCCCGACCAUCAUCAAGGAAAAGCUGGCCCGCGCCCUAUUCGUCCACUUUGACGUGUCGUCCGUGUUCUUCGUGCCGACGCAUCUGGUCGUGCUGGCAACGCUCGCCGUCGAGACAGCGCUCGUCGUGGACAUCGGCUACAAGGAAGCGAUCGUGGUGCCGGUGUUCUGUGGCGUACAGGCGCUGUACGCUUGGGAAGCACAACCACUUGCCGCCGAGAGCGUGCACAACGAAAUCCGGCGUCAGUUGAUCGAGAGCGGGGUGGACGAAGGUCUGCUCACCGAAAGCACGGUGGAGGACAUCAAGAUACGCACGUGCUUCGUCACGACGGCCGAACGGGCGGCCAAGUAUCGUGCGGACGGUGGUGCAUCGCUGCAGCCCUGCCCCGACGUUGACUAUCCGGCAAAGGGUGAGGCGAUCAUUAAAGUUACCGGACGGUUGCGCGAAACCGCCUACGAGGUCAUGUUCCCGGAGGAUAACGAUCGGCUCGGGCUGCCGUACAUCGUGCUGAACGCGAUUCUCAAGUGCCCCCGGGACAUGCGGGUACCGCUGGCCAGCAAUCUCGUCCUGAUCGGGGGUAGCACGAUGGUGCAGGGAUUGACCGCCCGGCUCAAGUCGGAACUGUUGGCCCUGCUGCAAACCGACCUGUACAGGGAGCGGCUGUUUGUGCAGGCAUUCAAGUUUCAUAAGGCACCGGCGGAACCGAACUUUACCGCCUGGCUCGGUGGAUCGAUCUACGGUGCGACCGAUCUGGUGCUGACGAAAUCGAUCACCCGGGAAGCGUACAGCAAGAAUCAAACCAUUCCCGACUUUACCAACUAUGAGGAGACGCGCGGCGUGCCGAUGCGGGGCUGACGGCAGAAGGGCAAGGGCCAGCGUGGGGGAACGGUAGCGAUUAAGUGAUAAAUAUUAUUUAUAUACUCUACUCUAAUUACUUGUACUGCUGAUGCUGAUGAGAAAACUCUAAUCCCCGGGAGUACCCCGUCUU